AUGAUCAAAUCGAUUCGUCUUCUCGGGUCUCGUGACUCUCGUCGCUGUCGAGUCUUUUCUCCUCAGCAGGCGAGAUGUUUCUCCGCUUCGAUCACGCCAAGACCUCGACCAUCAACGACGGCUCAAAGUCGGACCCAUUUCGACUUCUCCGGCGAGAGUCACGAUACUGAGCGAGCUCUCGUCUCCGCUCUUGGAUCAUGCGCCUCCACCAAGGACGUCACUUGUGGCCGACAAAUCCAUUGCCGUGUGUUGAAAUCCGGUUUCGAUUCCAAUGGAUUCAUCUGCAACAGCGUCCUCAACAUGUACGCUAAAUGCUCUCUCUUGACCGACGCGGAAUCUGUUUUCCGGGCCCAUACGAAGCUUGACUCAGCUUCGUUCAAUAUCAUGGUCGAUGGAUACGUAAGAUCUCGCCGACUCGAUGACGCGCUAAACCUGUUCGACGUUAUGCCUGAGAGAAGCUGCGUCUCGUAUACUACGUUGAUAAAGGGCUACGCGCAAAACGAUCGGUGGAGUGAAGCGAUGGAGCUUUUCCGAGAGAUGAGAAGUUACGGAAUUUCGCUAAACGAAGUGACAUUAGCUACUGUUGUAUCCGCUUGUUCGCAUUUGGGUGGGAUCUGGGAUUGCAGGAUGUUGCAGGGAUUGGCAACGAAGCUGAAUCGCCACGAUCGGGUCUUUGUUGCGACGAAUUUGCUGCUUAUGUACUGUGUAUGCUCAUGUUUGAAAGAUGCUCGGAAGUUGUUCGACGAAAUGCUUGAGAGAAAUUUAGUUACUUGGAACGUGAUGUUAAAUGGGUACUCAAAAGCUGGGCUUAUAGAAGAAGCGAAGGGAUUGUUCGAUCAGAUCACUGAGAAAGAUAUUGUGUCGUGGGGCACGAUGAUUGAUGGGUGUCUCCGAAAGAAUCGUCUCGACGAAGCGUUGGGUUUCUAUGUAGAGAUGUUGCGCCGUGGGAUGAAGCCUAGUGAAGUGAUGAUGGUGGAUCUUCUCUCUGCUUCGGCUCGAUCAGCUGGUAGCUCCAAGGGUUUGCAGCUUCACGGUAUUAUCGUGAAGACGGGUUUCGAUUGUUACGAUUUCAUACAAGCAACGGUCAUACAUUUCUACGCUGUGUCUAACAACAUGCAACUCGCUCUUCAGCAGUUUGAUGCGAGCGUUAAGGACCACGUUGCGUCUAGAAACGCGUUGAUUGCAGGAUUUGUGAAGAAUGGAAUGGUUGAGCAAGCGAAGGACGUGUUUGAUCAGACUCGUGAUAAAGAUAUAUUUUCCUGGAACGGUAUGAUCUCGGGUUACGCGCAGAGUCUUUGGCCUCACUUGGCUUUAGAGCUCUUCCAGGAAAUGAUCAAUAGCAGCCGAAUAAAACCAGAUGCAAUCACAAUGGUGAGUGUUUUCUCUGCGAUUUCAUCGCUUGGAUCGUUGGAAGAAGGGAAAAGAGCGCACGAGUAUCUAAACCGUAGCUCGAUUCCUCCCAACGACAAUCUAACCGCUGCUGUAAUCGACAUGUACGCCAAAUGUGGAAGCAUCGAGACCGCUCUUAACGUUUUCCGCCGAACCAAGAACGUUUCUUCUUCAGCAAUCUCUCCCUGGAACGCUAUCAUUUGCGGUUCAGCGACACAUGGUCAUGCCAAACUAGCGCUUGAUCUCUACUCCGAACUCCAAUCUCUCCCGAUCAAACCGAACAGCAUCACGUUUGUCGGUGUCUUGAGCGCUUGCUGCCACGCGGGGCUCGUGGAUUUUGGUAAAACGUGUUUGGAGAGCAUGAAGAGCGUUUACGGGAUUGAGCCAGACGUAAAGCAUUAUGGAUGUAUGGUUGAUUUGUUGGGGAAAGCUGGGAGGUUAGAGGAAGCGAAAGAGAUGAUCAAGAAGAUGCCGGUGAAGGCGGAUGUGAUCAUAUGGGGAAUGUUGUUAUCGGCUUCACGGAUUCACGGGAACGUCGACGUGGCUGAAGUGGCGGCUGCUGAGCUGGCGGCGAUCGAUCCUUCUCACGGUGGUUGCAAAGUGCUGCUUUCGAACGUUUAUGCAGACGCAGGGAGGUGGGAAGAUGUAGCUUUGGUCAGAGAAGAGAUGCGAACAAAGGAUGUUGAGUGGUCACGUGCCUUCAGUGGUGUUGUGUGA